GCAUAAACGAAAUAUUGAUUUUCCCGCUCAAAACUCCUGGGGAGGAGGGAAUACUGGAGUGGAGACACUGAGAUAAUUAAUAUCAUAAAACAAACUCCAUUUCCAAAUAUUUUCCAACUUUUCGAGUUCUCUGUCCUCUCACCGUCGCGCUGUGCUGCCUCCGCCUCUUCAAUGUCCGCUCCUCUGCAAUCCGUCGCUGAGCAAGCUCCCUGUGCCGGGCUGGAUAUGAAUCUGAUUCAGGGUGAAAUGAAGAACGACGCUUCCGUCGACUCUCCGACGUCGGUUCUCGGAGAUGAGGAUAAUUGCCAGAACAAUUUGGAAGCUAAAUCUGAGGAAGACACUCUUCAAGAGGGAGGGAUUGGGGAUUCCUCUCUCAUAUCAAAGACAAUGAAGGAGGAGGAAGAGAAGUUGUUGAACUACAGGGAGAAAGAAGAAGCAAAAUCAGAAGAGCAGGAGGCACCUCAUUUGAAUGAUUCUCAGUUUACCAAGUUGGAUGAGCUUCUUACUCAGACACAGAUGUACUCGGAGUUCUUACUGGAGAAGAUGGAUGAAAUCACACAUAAUGGCGGGGAGCAAGAGGAUGAAACUGUUGAGAAAAAGAAAGGCCGCGGUUCAAAGAGAAAAGCUGCUGCAGGUUGUAAUACGAGAAAAGCCAAGAGGGCCAUUGCAGCCAUGAUUACCAGAUCAAAAGAAGUAGAAAGUGCUGAAGAUGCCAAUUUGAGUGAAGAAGAUAAGGUUGAGAAAGAGCAGAAGGAGCUGGUGCCAUUGUUGACUGGUGGCAAGCUGAAGCCUUAUCAACUCAAAGGUGUCAAGUGGCUGAUCUCUUUAUGGCAAAAUGGGUUGAAUGGCAUCCUUGCUGAUCAGAUGGGGCUCGGGAAAACUAUUCAAACAAUUGGUUUCCUUGCACACCUUAAGGGGGAGGGUUUAAAUGGCCCCUAUUUGAUAAUAGCUCCUCUUUCUACUCUGGCAAACUGGGUGAAUGAGAUUUCAAGGUUUGCUCCAUCUUUGAAUGCUGUAAUCUACCAUGGUGACAAGAAUCAGAGGGAUGAGAUAAGGAGGAAACACAUGCCUAGAUCUAUUGGCCCAAAAUUUCCCAUUAUUGUUACUUCAUAUGAAGUUGCAUUAUCUGAUGCGAAAAGGUUUCUGAGACACUACUCUUGGAAAUAUGUUGUGGUUGAUGAGGGUCAUCGACUGAAAAACUCCAAGUGUAAACUGCUGAAACAUCUAAAGCUUAUUCCAAUGGAGAACAAACUUUUGUUAACUGGAACCCCUCUGCAGAACAAUCUUGCAGAGCUUUGGUCCUUGUUGAACUUUAUAUUACCAGAUAUUUUUCAGUCUCAUGAAGAAUUCGAGUCAUGGUUUGAUCUGUCAGGAAAGUGCAACAAUGAAGACAUGAGGGAAGAGCUAGAAGAGAAGAGAAGAUCGCAGGUUGUGGCUAAACUUCAUUCCAUCCUCCGCCCAUUUCUCCUCAGAAGGCUGAAGGCUGAUGUUGAGCAGCUGCUCCCUAGGAAGAAGGAAAUUAUACUAUAUGCAACCAUGACUGAGCACCAGAAGAACUUCCAGGAUCACUUAAUUAACAAGACACUUGAAAAUCAUUUGCGAGAUAAAGCUAUUAUAGGAGCACCUGGCAUGAAAGGGAAGUUAAACAAUUUGGUUGUUCAACUCCGGAAGAACUGCAAUCAUCCAGAUCUCUUGGAGUCAGCCUUUGAUGGCUCAUAUAUGUACCCGCCUGUUGAGCAGAUCGUUGAGCAAUGUGGCAAGUUCAAGUUGCUGGAAAGGUUGCUGAAGCGGUUGUUCGAACUCAAGCAUAAAGUUCUGAUAUUCAGCCAGUGGACUAAGAUCUUGGACAUCAUGGACUACUAUUUUAGUGAAAAAGGAUUUGUGGUGUGUAGAAUUGAUGGUAGUGUCAAGCUGGAAGAAAGACGAAGACAGAUUGACGAAUUCAAUGACAUUAACAGCAGUUGCAGGGUGUUUCUUCUGAGCACCAGAGCUGGUGGAUUGGGUAUCAACCUCACUUCAGCUGAUACUUGCAUACUCUAUGAUAGUGAUUGG